AUGAUCGGUAGCGACUACGUGCUCGAAGCGCACAACAUCUACCACACGACCGAGGUCGAUACGGGCGGUUGUUUCAAUGGCGGUGGACAGUCGGCCCUGGUGCUGAAGGGGGUGCAUCUGACGGUGCACAGUGGUGAGGUUAUGGCCAUCCUCGGCUCGAAGGGAAGCGGCAAACGGGCGCUGCUGGAUGUCAUUGCCCGGCGCUCGGAGGGCUCGUCCCGUGGACAGGUCUUGCUGAACGGUGCACCUCUUACAAAAUCGUUGUUCCAGCAGCGUUGUGGCUACGUGACACAUGCCUGUGACUUUAUUCCCGGCCUGACGGUUUCCCAAACACUUCACUACACGCCCACGAUUCUUGGUGGUUACCUGAAGAGUUCCAAAGUGCGUCAAGUGCUAGCGGAUCUCGCACUAUCCCAAGUUUCCCACAAGAAGGUGGAAAAUUUGAACAUCAGUGAAAAGCGUCGGCUUGCGAUCGGAAUUCAGCUCGUACGUGAUCCGGUGAUGCUGCUUUUGGACGAACCAACGCAAGGGCUGGAUCCACUAAGUGCAUACCUCCUGAUUAGCAUUCUGUCAAAUUCGGCCAAAAAGACCGGGUGCGGGAUUCUACUUUCACUUGAAAAGCCCCGAUCGGACGUGUUUCCCUUUUUGGACAGGGCACUUUUUCUGUGCUUGGGUGGAGCCGUGUAUUCUGGUGGUACCCGUGCUAUGCUUGAGUAUUUCCAUGGAAUCGGCUUUCCAUGCCCGCAGCUCGAGAAUCCACUAAUGUACUAUCUCUGCCUGUCCACAGUGGAUCGAAGAUCAAGAGAUCGUUUUCUUGAGUCCAGCCAGCAAAUAGAGGCCCUCGUUGAGCGUUUUGCACGAGAAACUCCGAUCCCGGAGGCCCCUAUUAACCCGAUCGGAAGUGGUAAGAUACCGCUGGCCUAUGGAAAACCUGGAGAGCUCAAAGUUUGGGGAGUUCUGUAUCUGCGUCUGCUUGCAGCAACCUUCUCAUGUGGUUACGCUGGAAUGAAAGCCCUCUUCCUUCGGCUCCUAGCGCUACCGGCUACGAUGGGUUUACUGUGGAUGUUAUACUCCCAAACCGGGGACGAUUCGCACGGAUUUUUCAGCAAAAGCGGACUCAUCAUGAACGUUCUCGGAUUGAGCUAUGGCGUUGGUAUCUGGACAACGAUAACUCUCUUCCCGCCAUGGAGAAAACGUUUCUGCCAGGAGUACGCGGAAGGACUUUACACAGGUGCAACGAUGCUGAUCGCGUAUAACACCGUUUCGAUACCGUUUUCAUUCAUUUCGUCGGCUGUGGCUGCCUGUGUUCUUUACCCGCUCGUACUCGAUCCUUCCGCACCGGACGGUAUGACUUUCAUGUACCUGCUGGUGGCAAUUUGGACCUGUUUCAUGCUUGCCGAGCAGCUUUGCAUUAUGUUUUUGCUCGUAAUGAAAUCCCAGCUGAACGCCGCCAUUGCCACCUCUUACAUUUUGAUCAUUUGCCUAACGCUGGCCAGUGGAACCAUAAGAUCUACCAAGGGAUUACUCGGAUGGAUGCAGGAUAACGCCAAGGGGGUGCACACCAAGUACGCCAGCUCGUUGCUGCACACGGCCUCGUUCUUGGGACGGAAGAUGAACUGCACUCCGGCAAAUGGUGUCGUUUGCCCUCUGCCGGCAGACUUUCUCAUGGAGCGCAUUGGCCAUUCAAGUGCCCAGGAGACAACGGAUAUUGCGGCAAGCAUCGCUUUUGCGCUGGGUUUGUGCGCGUUCAAUAUGAUCCUGUACUUGCUACCAAUGCCGCGGUUCGUCAAACGAAAGUUCCGCGAUUGAAAAAACAAUUGCACAUUUCGUACCAGCAUUCAUUUCGUAUAAUUUAGAUCGAAAUUACAAUCCUGGAAUCCUGGUGUGGAAGGAUUACAUUUAUUUUAAA